AUGCGUCACCUUCGUCAAGAAGCCUACGUACAGAACAAUGUAGCGGCCAUGUAUGGCGAAAGAGGGCUGAUCCCAUGGAUUACCGAAGCCGUGGCGGUGCGAGUAAAACUGGCCAUUUCUAGGAUUUACAGUCAUGUUCCUAUAUCAAUUCAACAAAGCUUCGACACGUCGGUGGUUUUUCAAGCAGCAUUUGGAGUCAUAAAGGCCACAUUUCAUGCUAUCAUGACAUUUCUCGGAGUUAACUACCCCACUGCCCCGUCAACAGCUCCAGCAUUAGACGAUAUCAAGACAGAGUUCGUUUCCAUCCUGACCAAGCUCAAAGCCCAAGCACAGAAUAACCACAAUAUCGAUAUUGAAUCGGCGACAGUCGCUAUCCCCCAGUUUUUCAACAGCACUCUCGCUGACCUCGUGUGGACAGCAUGCUGGGAAGCUGAAAUUAGACUCUCUCGCGCACCGCAAGCCCGGACAGUCCUCGCCACGUUCAAUCAAAGCCAGGAGACCAAGGUCGACAAUCCGGAUAUCAGAUACCUGAUCCUGGACCAAGGGGAGUUUUACCUGGAUUCAAGAACGUAUAAUACUGACAGGCGUGCCGGUAUGAGAGAAGGAUACCUCCCUAUGGAUCAAUGGGGCACUGAGUCAAUUGAUCGACAUUUGACAAGUCGUGUGGUCAGGGGCUCUGAAGCACUGAGGUUUCAGACCUCUCUUGGAGCGCAGGAGAGUGAUCUUUGGGAGCGGGUGAAGCAGGCUCGUUUGAUGAUGCGGAACACAAGGAAUACCGGGGAGAAGGAGACCAGCGAAAAUGACGGAUAUCAUGACGAAUGGCCGCUUGACUUGACAGGCUGGGGGUAUCAGGACUUUGAGGAGGUGAAGGCGGUUCUGACGUGGAAGGAUAUUCAAGUGGUCGAGAAGGCUUAUGUGGAUAGCCUUGCUGACAGUGUCGCUGCUCAUCUGACUGCAUUAAGAGAAUACCACCUGGGUGAGAAGCACAAGGAUGAUGGAAUCCCACAGAGAAUCGAUAAGCUGGUUCUUUUGACUGCCGGUCACGAUGGUCACCUGGUCAAGAAGGCAGUCUGGCAAGCUCUUGGAGACCAGAUCGAUGUCAUUGGAGGGACAGUACAUGAUUCUGGGCUUGCUGCCAUUGGAGCAGCUCGUUCUGCAUUGGAGGAGAUACAGAAGCAAGUAUGGACAAAAUACCAGGGAUGGAUACAACACGAUGAGAUAUGA